UUGCCACAGCUGGAUAACUAACACAAAGCAAAAACUCAUCAUCAUGUCAGAAUAUUCUCUGUUGUUUGAAGGGAUAAUUUUCCCUGGGAAAGGAACCAAGCCUGAAUUAUUAUGUGAACUACGGGACAACUUUGUGGUGAAGGAUGAAGAUACAAUAACAGUGACUUAUCCCAAAUCAGGAACCAACUGGUUAAUUGAGAUUAUCUGCCUGAUUCUUUCCAAGGGGGAUCCCAAGUGGAUCCAAUCAGUGCCCAACUGGGAUCGUUCACCCUGGGUAGAGACUACACAUGGUAACAAAAUAUUGAAGGAUCAAGAGGGCCCACGCAUUUGCACAUCCCAUCUGCCCAUCCAUCUCUUUCCCAAGUCCAUCUUCAGUUCCAAGGCCAAGGUGAUUUAUGUCAUUAGGAACCCCAGAGAUGUUCUUGUGUCUGGUUAUUUUUUCGUGAGAAAAAUGAAUAUUGCCAAAAAAUCAGAGACGCUGGAACAAUAUAUGGAAUGGUUCCUCCAAGGAAAUGUGCUGUUUGGAUCAUGGUUUGAGCAUGUUCGUGGUUGGCUGUCUUUGAGAGAGAGGGAAAACUUUCUGGUGCUGAGUUAUGAAGAACUGAUCAAGGACACAAGAAGCAUGGUAGAGAAGAUAUGUCAAUUCUUAGGAAAGAAGUUAAAACCGGAAGAAAUAGAUUUAGUCCUCCAUUAUAGCUCCUUUCAAUUCAUGAAAGAAAACAAGAUGUCCAAUUUCAGCAUGCUUCCUGAAGAUUUUAUUACUGAGGGUUUCUCGCUUAUGCGAAAAGGAGUCGUAGGGGAUUGGAAGAACCACUUCACUGUAGCCCAAGCUGAAGCAUUUGAUAAAAUACAUCAGAAGAAAAUGGCAGGAUAUCCUCCAAAGCUGUUUCCAUGGGAAGAAUGUUGAAACAUUUUACACAUUUAUAUGAAUACUGAUGUCUGUGUUCUUGACCUUGUACUUCUAUAUGCCUCAGAGGUCUUGGUAUAAAAAUCUAUGAUUGCAUUGUGAAGUCUUGAAUUAUCAAAUCUUCAUAUUUUUGAUGGCCCGCUUAUUUCAAAUUACCUCUUUACCCAUAUCAUUUCUUAGGAUCUAUACUUUAGAAAUGCUUCGUGUUCAUACAUAUACGCUGUUUUAUUAUUUUAAAAAAGAUUAAGAUAAAAGAGAAAUAACAAAACAGGUUAGAACAGAACAAUUUAAACAACAUAGUGUUUCACCACAAGACAACCCGACAUAACAGUAGCUACCAUAGUGUCUCUUUCCUUGAAAUAUUUGAGUAUACCUUCAUACACUAUAAUAUAAAACAUAACAAGACAGUAUAAAACCAUCCAAGACAAAGAAAGUAUUAUGGGGUAUUCAGAACCAAUUUAUAGAAAACAAAAAUCAGUACUAUAUUAUCUCCUUGUCCAUACUCAUAAAGUGAAAUAAAUCAAACUCACAUGUAUAAAUACCGAAUAAUUUCCCUAGUGUAAGAAAUGGUAAGAAUAUAAAAGUAUGUGGUAAUCAUGACUCCCCAUUGUAUAGCUUUGAAGCCUUAUAAGGUCUUCAUUCAUUAGUUGGAAUGGUUUUUUUUUCUGGGUUGUUUGAUUUUACUGUCUGUGAUGGUUUGAACAGCUAUUUUGAAGAAAACAAGACUUUAUAAUAGCUAGUGCUGAUUUAAUAUCAUAUUGUUUUGAAGUCCUACUGAACUUUUGUUCUUCUGUCUCCAUCGGUUUUAUCAUGUUGUAUCUUAUUGAAUUUUAUUAUAUGUGUUAGCAUACACUGUUACAUUGAAUAUAUAAAAAUUAUCCUAAAUUGUGUCAAAUUGCUAUAA